AUGAAACGGAUCUGGGAAUCGACAAGGCAAUGUAAACAAAGGGGUACAAUUAUUUUAUCCUGGCGAUGGGAUUCAAGAGACAAUGUUCUUUGGGAGAAUAUCAAGCUCGGGUGCACCCACAUAAACAACACACAACUUAGUACACCGAUUAAGGUUACUCCGCGCUCCACCCUCUCGAACCCAGUUAAUUCGCACGGCAGUGUCUUGCGAAGGCAGAUGGAAAACGGUUAUUCCAUGAAGGAGAUGGUCUGGAUUGCAAAACAGGGCUUAGACAGGCAAGCAAAGCGAAUGUUCGGGAUCCAGCGGUGGGCCACACACUUACAAGAGGACGAGGAGGUGGAGUUGUGGAUGCAGAUGCUGCUAGCCCUGGAGGGUCGACGUUGGGUCGUGGUGCGGCCACGUGAUGUUGCUCCUUGGAAUGACGGCGCCUUCAAACCCUGCCGGUUUCUUCUCCUUCUCAAUCAAUGUGACGGCGUAUAUAUUUGA